AUGCUGAUUAUUGGAGCUAUUGGCAGUAUUGUUGUCGGAGUAUCUUUUCCACUGAAUUUACUUAUUGUUACUGAAGUUGUCAAUGGGUUUGUGGCUCCCAAUGCUAACACACAAGCACUUAAGAUUAUGGAUGAGAUGAUAAAGUGGUAUAUUCUGCUGGCCUCAUUAACACUUGUCUUUGCUUUCGUCCAAAUGUUUUGCUUCAGUCUGUCAUCUAAACGACAGAGCCGAAGGAUUCGAUUAAGGUUAUUUAAGCAAAUGCUUCGACAAGACGCCAGUUGGUUUGAUAGACAAUCUAUGGGCGAUCUCAUUACAAAAAUGACUUCCCAAGUGGAUCAAAUCGAGGCGGGUAUUGGCGAUCGGCUGGGUCGUUUUUUGCAAAACCUGAUUCUUUUCAUUAGCUGCUUUGGCAGUGCCUUCCAAAACCAAUGGAAGAUAGCCCUUGUAGGGCUCUCCACCACACCUCUCAUUGUCGUAGCAUUCGUUGUUUUGGGUGUGGGUUUAAGUCGCUACUCCAUAAAAGAGGAAAAGGCGUAUUCACAUGCCAACAGCAUCGCCAGUGAAGUACUCACCUCUAUUAGAACGGUGUUUGCUUUCAUCGGUCAAAAGAAGGAGUCGACUCGAUACAAUGCAAACCUGGGUGCAGCGGCAAAGGUCUCCUUCAAAAAGAACAUCAUCGUCGGUUUCGGCGCCGGUUUGAUCAGCUUCUCGAUAUUUGCCUCUGCUGGUCUCACUUUCUGGUACGGCGUCAAGUUGAUAAGCGUCGGGGAGUCCGGUGUGGAUGGCGGCAAGAUUGUGUCGGUUGUGCUGGCAUUUCUGGUGGGCAGCAUAGCCCUCGGCCUUGUUCUACCCGAAUUCACUUACUUCGCCCGUGCAGUCGCUGCUGCCAGAAGCACCUUCAGGGUCAUCGAGAGGGAGCCUCGCAUUGACAAGGACCGAAAAGGCGAAAUCAUCGAGGAUUUCAGGGGUCACAUUGUGUUCAAAAACGUCACCUUCCACUAUCCUACGAGACCGGAGGCAAAGACUCUGGACAAUCUCUCCAUUGAGAUUCGACCUGGAAUGACGGUGGCAAUAGUUGGUCCAAGCGGUUCGGGCAAGAGCACAACAAUUCAACUCAUCCAACGUUUCUAUGACACGGUCUCGGGCGAAGUUCUGAUCGACGGGAGGAACAUCCGAGAACUGGACUUGAAGUGGUUUCGCGGACAGAUAGGGGUGGUGCAACAGGAGCCUGUUCUCUUCUCUGGUACUAUAGCUGAAAACAUUGCCCUUGGUUGCCCAAAUGCCACCGAUGAAGAAAUCGAAAUUGCUGCCAAAAUGGCCGACGCGCACGACUUCAUUCUCAAACUUCCUCAGGCGUACAAAACGCCAAUAGUGGAGGGCGGCGGAAGCAUGUCGGGUGGACAGAAACAGCGAAUCGCGAUUGCCAGAGCACUUAUUCGAAACCCCAAAAUCCUUUUGUUGGACGAGGCGACUUCGGCACUGGACACGCGCUCUGAACGCAUCGUCCAACGCGCUCUCGACCAAGCCUGCAGUGGACGUACCGUUGUAGUGGUUGCUCACCGUCUCACGACCGUUCGUAACGCUGACACAAUCGUUGUAAUGGAUAGAGGUCGGGUGCAGGAGAUCGGGACACACGACCAGCUGGUCGCUCUCAAGGGCAUCUACGCAAAAAUGCUCUCCUCCGCACCGGUGCGUCCUCGCAUUCUUCCACCACCUAGUAAUCGGGCUGGAGAUAUGGAAGAAGAGGACACAGAGACUGACAGCGAGGCAGAGGAGGCAGAGGAGGCAGCAUCGGCGGUGGAGAAUGAGAUGAUCGAUCGACCAAGGCGGUUGUCAAGAGACGAGCUGCGCAAGCCAAGUAAGUGGACGCUGUCCCAGCGGUGGUCGGACGCUGAGACUAUGCUGGAGGCUCUCACCGAGAUGUCCGGCACCGAAAAGACUUCGAAAAUGAAAGGUCAACUAAUGAGGGCACUGAAGCUGAAUCGCCCGGAAUUUCCCUACCUUUUCGCCGGACUUUUUUUAUCCCUGGCUUCUGGACUGAGUCAACCAGCCUUUGCAAUUCUCUACUCGGAGAUGUUUGGGAUAUUUUCCCAAAUCUCAACACCGGACGAAAAACUGGCUCAAACUGCCUUCUACUCGGGCAUGAUGGCCGUACUUGGACUCGCACGCUUCACUGCGCAGCUCCUAUCGGGAUGUGCGCUGGGCUACGCGGGAGCCGAACUCACGAAACGUGCGCGAUCACUUUUGUUUGAAGCUAUACUAAAACAAGAGAUUGGCUGGUUCGAUCGAGUAGAGAACAGCCCCGGUAUCUUGACUGCCCGCCUGGCCACAGAGGUCUCGGCACUGGAGACGGUGACGGGUAUGCAGUUGGGCACUCUGAUGGAGGCGUUGAGUCUAAUCAUUGCCUCCCUCGUCAUCGGUUUCACCUACAGUUGGAUUCUCUCCCUCGUCAAUCUCUGCUUCGUGCCCCUUCUAGUUGUCUCUAGUGCCCUACAGAUGAACCAAAUGUCGGCGAGCCUGAGUCCCCACGAAGUGAAGGGCUCGCAGGUGAUGCAGGAGACCAUCUCCGCGGAGAGGACAGUGACGAGUUUCGGUUUGGAGUCGCACUUCUACACGAUCUUCAGGCAGCGCUGUACCCCUGAAUCAAUAGACAAAUACAAGGAGGCGUUGAUGUUUGCACUGGUCAACGGGAUCGCUUCUUCGCUGGCCAUCUUCCAGGCUUGUGCCUCCUUCUACGUUGGGGCUGUGCUUCUCUCCCAGGACAAGACUACCGUUCUAGCAGUGUUCCGAACUUAUUCCGCCUACAGUUUCGGAAGCCAAGCCUUAGGACGUGUGGCAUCACUAGCACCAGAGUUUAGGAAAGCCUCACAUAACGUUAAGCUGGUUUUCGCCACACUCGACCGACAGACCAAAUCUGACGCCAACGAGGGCGACUUUCCCAAGGAGCCGUUUGAUGGACGCGUGGAGUUCCUCAAUAUCGACUUUCGCUAUCCUACCCGACCCAACACACGUAUUCUACGGCGUUUCAGCCACACUGUCGAGGCGGAUCAGUCUGUGGCACUCGUAGGCCAAUCGGGAUGUGGCAAAUCCACUCUCCUUCAGUUGGUUCAACGUUUCUACGACGUGUCCGAACACGGUCCCAACAGCGGAAUUUUCAUCAAUGGACGAGAUGUGCGCACUCUUGCGCCCAAUUGGAUCCGUCAGCAGAUCGGCGUCGUCUCGCAAGAGCCCAAUCUGUUCGACCUAAGCAUUAGGGAGAACAUCGCCUACGGAGACAACUCGAGAGAGGUUUCCAUGGAGGAGAUUAUAGCUGCUGCGAAAGAGGCCAAUGCUCAUUCGUUCAUUGAAACUCUGCCUGAGGGCUACGAGACGUCAGUGGGAGCACGUGGUUCGCAGUUGUCGGGUGGUCAGAAGCAGCGCAUCGCCAUUGCUCGAGCGCUAAUACGGAAACCGAAGCUCCUGCUUCUGGAUGAGGCAACCUCGGCAUUGGACAACGAGUCGGAGCGCAUUGUGCAGGCGGCGCUGGAUGAGGCGAUGGCGAAGGGUGGACGAACGAGUCUGGUAGUGGCACAUCGUCUCACCACGGUGGAGAACUGCGACGUUAUUGUGGUGUUACAGGAGGGCCAACGGGUUGAAUACGGUCGACCGGCUGCACUGAUGCAGGCCCGCGGAGUUUUCUACACCCUACACAAUGUGGAUGCAGCAGUAAAUUAA